CCUUGUCUCCGUCUCCACAGGAUGGCAGUGGUGCUUCGGGCCAGCCGCCGUCCUCUCUUUGUGUUGGUAACCACCGGUUACUGUUAGCCAGCCGGGAGCACCAAAACAAACAGCAUCCGGACUUAAAACAAGGACCGCUCGCCUGGCAGCGUCAACGGUACUGGGCUGCUGGAAUUCCAAUAAUGACGGAUUCCCGCGGAGAGCCGCUGUCUGGACGCGGACUGUGCGGCCGGUGAGGAGGACUGCGCAUCUGGACUGAGCCGCUGCAGCAGCAGCUGGCCGCGCUGUAGCUCCAGUCAGCGGCCGUGUCCUCUGCAGCGGAGCCCUCCAUAGCCCAAGCAGCUAGCUGUCAAGUUUCCUCUCCCACCGCGAACCGCACGUUAGCCCAUGGAGUAGCUAACGAUAAAUAAAAAGAAGACGAAGAUGUAAAUUGGCAUGCGGUUAAAGAGACGGGAAUUGGCAGUGCCAGUGAUGGCCUCCCCUCUCCCUGUCUACUUCAUCCUGGUGGUGCUGCUGUUGGCCGAGUCCCUUGAAUGUCACGCAGGGGACUGCAAGGGCCACAGACAGGUGCUGAGGGGACCUCCGGGCUAUGUCACUGAUGGACCAGGAAACUACUCUGUCAAUGGGAACUGCGAGUGGCUUAUCAAAGCUCCCACCAGUAGCCACCGCAUUGUCUUGAAUUUCAUCUUCAUGGACACAGAGUGCACCUACGACUACUUGUUUGUGUACGAUGGAGAUUCCUACCAGAGCCCUUUACUAGCCAGUCUGAGUGGCAACACGUUGCCUCAACCCAUUGAGGCAAAAUCUGGCAAGAUGCUGCUCCACCUCUUCAGCGAUGCUAAUUACAACCUGCUGGGCUUCAAUGCGACCUACACCUUCUCUCUGUGCCCCGGAGCCUGUGGCGGUCAUGGCCGCUGUGAUUCCUCCACAUCCAAAUGUCACUGUCAUCAGGGGUGGGGAGGAGCUUCUUGUACAACCCCACUCUGCUCACAGGCCUGCUCCGCCAACGGCCAGUGUGACAAGAAAGGAGAGCGCUGUCUGUGUAACCCUGGCUUCAUGGGCCACAGCUGCCAGCUCGGUCUCCGUGACGACGGCGGGGCCGGGCAGUGGUGGCGGGUGAGCGAGGAAAACCCCUACACGCCUCCCAGGACGGGUUCGGCCGGAGCGUACCUGUCCUCCACUGGAGCCAUGUACCUGUUUGGGGGAUUCGACCUGAACAGAGCUCUUGGUGACCUGAUCAAAUACAAUUUCACUUCCAACCAGUGGGAAAGCAGAUCUUAUGGAUACUCUCCGGUGGCGCGUCAUUCCCACACGGCAGUAGAGUAUAUGGGCAACAUGGUGAUCUUUGGCGGCGAGCUUGCCAACGGGUCCCUGGCCAGUGACGUGUGGAUGUAUUUGCCGCUGCGCGACGAGUGGCAGCAGCUCGGCUCGCCCUCUUCGCGCGGCGCUCCUAAACUGGCUAAUCACGCCGCGGCGGUAGUGGAGGGACACCUCUAUGUGUUCGGAGGGCGUACGGAGGAGGAUAUGUUUUCCUCGGCUCUGUAUCGCUUCGGCCUGCACGGCUCUGGACGAUGGGAGACGGUUCAGCCCACAGGAGGGAAGCCCCCGGCCACUGCUGGUCACUCCAUGGUUUACCACAGCCCGUCCAAAACACUGCUGGUCUACGGAGGACACAGGCUGACCACCGCCAGGUUUAGUGUGAGAGUGAACCACACAGAUGCAUUCCACGUAGAAAGAAGGUUCUGGACAUCCUUCCGCUCGCGUUUCCCAGCAACCGGCCCCAGAGAGAGAGCUUUCCACUCAGCCACAGUCAUCGGAAACUACAUGGUUGUCUAUGGGGGAAAUGUACAUAUCCACUAUCACGAGGAAAAGUGCUAUGAUGAAGAGAUCUUUUUUUACCAUCUGGGCUGCCAUCAAUGGGUGUCAGCUGGGGAGAAGCGGUUGCUCGGUGACGAUGCCGUGAGAGGACGUUACUCGCAUGUCGCUGCAGUGAUGGAGGGACGGGUGUUGCUGGUUGCCGGGGGUUACAGCGGUGUAGCCCGUGGAGACCUCGUGGCUUACAAAGUGCCGCUGUUUGUCAGUAGUGAUCAAGGUGACCGGGAUGCUUUUUGUGCCGAGGCAAUAGAUGAAAGCAUGUGCCUGAAGAACCCAGAGUGCAGUUGGUGUGAAGGUCGCUGUCGAGAGUAUCAGCCCACUAAUCAGUGUGGCAGCACUGGCUGCCUGGGCCUGGCUCGCUUCCUGUCGGACUGCCAGUCCUGUUUGGUGUUCAGCGGCACUCCUCCAUCUCUGGCCCGAGCCCCGGGUGAAUUUGGCUGGUGUGUUCAGAACGAAUCCUGCCUUCCAGUGUCAGAGCAAAGUGCGUGCCGUGUGGACCAGAUCUCAGGGGCGUACGGCUGGUGGGGGGAGCGUACCCUUUUCCUAACCUCCCUCCACUCCUGUCGCACCGAGAACUAUGUCCCGGGACUGCACCUGCUCACCUUCCAGCACCCCCGCAACGACUCCCAGCCUGACAAGGUGUCCAUCCUCCGCAGCACCACCAUCAUCCUUAGCCCCACCACAGAAAUGGACGUAGCCCUGCAGUUCAGGGGCUUCAUCCACCCCCUGUGGGGGGGGCCUCCGCCUGCGUCCCCUCCCACAGAGACCGUCUCCAUGUGGGCCCGCAUCCAGAGGCUCCACUUUGAGGCCCGAAUGGCGUCUGGGCCCAAUUCCAGUCAACUGGAGGUGGUGGGUCGUUGGGCAGCCCACCAGGACAAGGAGCUGAAGCUGCUGGCUCGGCCAGACGGCUCCAGACUGUUCUCCAACCUGACCAGGGGCAACCACUACCUUGUUCAGGCGGAGGGAUACCUGAACAACUCCGGCUCAGGACAGACCAGCGAGAUGGCCCUGAUCUGGAACAGAACAUUACCUGGAGGAAGUGAGAUCUCCUUCCUCUUCCUGGAGCCCUACCGCUCAGGUUCCUGCUCAGGUUACAUGUCUUGUCUGGCGUGUUUAUCUGACCAGUCCUGUGGCUGGUGUCCGUCUCUUUCCCGCUGCCUGCUGCGAGACAGCCCAGACAUGGAGCCCUGUCCUGAGGCAGAGAAAAGCAAAGGAGACGGUCAGCGCCAUCUGCUGUUAGCACCACAACACUGCACUUUGUGUGAAGAGUACAGAGACUGCUCUGCUUGCACUCAGGAUCCAUACUGUGAGUGGCAGAUAAACUCCAGCAAAAAAGGAGACUAUCAGUGCAGCCGACGCGGAAGACUUGAGGGAUCCAUACGUGACUCAAAGGGGUGCCCUAAAGUCUGUAACCAGAGGAAGACGUGUGGUGAGUGCCUCUCUAACGCCAGUCAGUGUGCGUGGUGUGAGUCAGCCCAGGCCUGCUUCUAUUUUGCUGCCUACCUCACGAAGUAUCCCUAUGGAGAGUGCAGGGACUGGUACGACAGUGUUCACUCGGUGCCUCAGUGUAAGCAGUGUUCAGCUUUAAGCACCUGCACAGACUGUCUGCGAACGUUUCAGUGUGGCUGGUGUGGUGACUACAACAAUCCCACAAUUGGAAAGUGUCUGAGAGGAGACUGGGCGGGAAUGGACGACCCAUCUGUGUAUAACUGUAGUGUGGCAGUAGCUGAAGCCCGGGCUGCCAACCCUGAGCCCCAGACCUCGGCCCCACCUCGCCCCUUGGAAAUGGAGAUGGAGUUUGAGCACCUGGAAGAUGAAGAGCAGGAUGCCAUCUGGUCUUACCCCACAUGCCCCGAUGUGGAGGAGUGCAGGCUGGGUCUCCACAACUGUCACAUCUUCGCUACCUGUAUCAACACUCCCACGUCAUAUGAGUGUCACUGUGAGAGGGGAUACACAGGGGACGGCACGCUGCACUGCAACCAGACCUGUUAUAACGAGUGCCGUGAAGGCCAGUGCAGCGGCAGCCCGCGGUUUGAGUGCGAAUGUUCCCUGGGCUGGACGUCUGACCCCGCCACUCUGGUUCUGAGUGGGGUCGAGUGUGAUGUGGACUGUGGCUGCAAUUUCCACUCCACCUGUAUCACCGCUCCUGGGAUCUGUGACGAAUGUCAAGACUGGACGACAGGGCCUCACUGUGAGCACUGCCGUCCGGGAAGCUUCGGCUCGGCCCUGGCUGGUGGAGGCGGUUGUGUUCCUUGUGAAUGCAACGGACACGGCGAUCCUCUCCGAGGAUACUGCCACAACCAGACAGGCCAGUGCUAUUGCACCCACAACACUCAAGGACCGCACUGCGAGUCCUGCCUACCCGGUUACUACGGCGACCCCAGGAACAACGGAACCUGCUACCGCCAGUGCCAGGGCCGCUCGGUCCUGCUCUCCUCCACCUCCUCCUCCACCAUCCCUCUGUCCUCUUCUUUGGGCUGGCGAAGUGGCACCGAGGGGAAAGGAGGACUCUCUCACUGCCUGUGGGUCCUUUCUGUGACUGAGAACUUGGCCCCCUGUCUGCCCAGACAGCUCUGCCCCCCAGUAGCCCUCACUCUUCACCCAGACUCCCACACACACUGCAAAAGUUCAUAUGUUUAUGUGUUUGAUGGCCUGCCUCGUUUUCUGGCCAAUGGUGUUGUACACUCGGAUCACAACCUAAUUGGAGCCUUUUGUGGAACCACAAGAACUCAGCCCAUCACAGUGGAAGCAACCUCAGGUGUGAUCUCUGUCUACUUCGAAGCCAACGUCUCUUCAAACAAACCUCAAGGCUUCAAUGCGUCUUUCUGGGUGCGGCGGUGUCACCAGAGCUCCGAUGAGGGCGAGGAGGGGUCGUCAGUGUGUCCAGGUGGAGCCCAGUGCAAAGAUGGGCUCUGCCAGUGCCCUCGGGGAUAUGGAGGACCGUACUGCGACCGGCCCAUGUGUCCUCAGGACUGUGGAGCAGCAGAAGGACGAGGCGCCUGUAAUACGACUCUAGGAGUGUGUGUAUGCUUGGAAAACUGGGCUGGCUCGAACUGCUCCGUUCCUCGGGACUCCAACAGCCUGGUUUGGGAAACCUUGUUUGAUACGGCGCUGACAGUGAACCAGGCCCACCGGUUUCUGCACAGGAUGGGACACUCUCUGGUGUCUGGACCGCAGGGCAACCUCUGGAUGUACGGAGGACUUUCUCUCUCAGAGGGCAUUCUGGGAAAUGUCUACAGAUAUUCCAUUUAUGAGCGUCGUUGGACGCAGAUGUUGACCAGUUCUGUGGAAGAGGGUUCAAACCCCAGCGCGCGCUAUCACCACGCCGCCGCUCUGCUGACCAGCCACGAGUCUGGCUCUGGAAGCCACGGCAGCAGUCACAACUUCAUGAUGAUAGUAGGCGGCGUCAGUCAGAAUGGUGUCACCAUGGAUACCUGGAGCCUCAAUCUCAGCAGUCUGGUCUGGAGAGAACACAAGAGCUCGGUGCUGCCUCCGGUGGCAGGUCAUACUUUAACUGUACGUCGAGACUCCUCGGUUCUUUUGAUCGGAGGUUACUCUCCAGAGAAUGGCUUCAACCACCAUUUACUGGAGUUCAGUCCUCUCUCUGGAAACUGGACCGUUGCUCCCCACACCGGCACUCCACCUACAGGUCUAUAUGGGCAUUCAGCUGUUUACCAUGAGCAGACUGAUGCCAUUUAUGUUUUUGGAGGUUACCGCUUCCACGUGGAGACGGUGGAGCCCUCUGGCGAGCUCUACAGUCUGUAUUACCCCAACCUCACCUGGUCACUGCUCGUCCCCUCGCAGGGUAACAAGCCCCUGUCCCGUUUCUUCCACGCUGCGGCUUUGAUCAAAGACACCAUGGUUAUUGUUGGCGGGAGGACAGAAGCCGAGGAUUACAGCAACUCCGUGUCUCUAUACCAGAUCAACUGUAACACCUGGAUACAACCAGUCUCGGCUGUUGGAGAUCCAGUAAAUCGCUCGGUGUCUCUCGCCAUGACGAGCUGGGCCGGACAGCUCUUCCUGUCCGGAGGGUUCAACGGGGUCACAUUGGGGAGACUCCUAACCCUCUCUGUGCCCUCUGACCCUUGCGCCCUUCUUCCUACACCCGAGGCCUGUAACAGCACCACAGGCAGCUGUGUCUGGUGUCGUGGAGUUUGUUCUUCUUCAGACGUGGCAGAGAGAACGGGCUGCUUUCCUGGUCCCUCCGCCUGCUCUCCAACGCCUCGUCAACCAGACCAGUGUCGCAGACUGAAGACCUGCAGCGAGUGUCUUGCUCGACACCCGAAAACAUUCUCGAGCCUGUCACAGCCUGCUCUACAGUGCAAAUGGUGCACGAACUGCCCAGAGGGGGCGUGCAUCAACAGCUCGGUGAGCUGCACGUCUGAACAUGACUGUCGCAUCAACCAGCGAGAGAUUUUCUUAUCCAGCAACUGCACAGAGACCAGCUGCGAGGCUUCUGACUGUCCCAAGUGUACAGCCUCUGGGAAAUGCAUGUGGACCCGUCAGUUCAAACGCACAGGCGAGACGAGGCGCAUCCUCAGCGUGAACCCGACAUACGACUGGACGUGCUUCAGCUACGCCCUCCUCAACGUCUCACCCAUGCAGGUGGAGUCGUCCCCCCCUCUGCCGUGCCCUCCCCCCUGCCACAGCCUCCACAACUGCAGCCUGUGCCUGGGCUCCAGAGGCUCUGACGGGGGCUGGCAGCACUGUGUGUGGAGCAUGGCCCUGCAGCAGUGCAUGAGCCCGUCUUUCGUUCCCCUGCGGUGCGAGGCAGGCCAGUGCGGUCGGUUGCUGUCUGGAGGGGACUCGUGCUCCCCUCAGUGCUCCCAGCUCACGCAGUGCUCGCAGUGCAUCGCCAGGCCUCAGUGUGGCUGGUGUGCCACUCGUGAGGGAAACGGGGCUGGACGCUGCCUGCAGGGAGGGCUCGAUGGUGUGAGCGAAGGUGUUUGCCCUCUGAGAAACAGCAGUUGGUCUUUUCUGCACUGCCCAGAGGAGGAUGAGUGUGCCAACAGCCACCAUCACUGCAACAGCACUCAGGACUGCCACGACUUGCCUCAGGGGUAUCACUGCACCUGCAAGCAGGGCUACAUCCUCAGCAGCAUAUCUGGUCAGUGCGAGCCCGUUUGUGCACAAGGCUGUGUGAACGGGACCUGCGUGUCUCCAGGAAUUUGCCAGUGCCACUUUGGCUUUGUGGGGGAUAACUGCUCCUCUCAGUGCAGCUGCAACAAGCACAGUAACUGCGCCGGCGUCACCAAACCAGACGUUUGUCUGGAGUGCCACAAUAACACCAUAGGUAAGCACUGUGAGAAGUGCAAGCCUCUGUUUGUGGGCUCUGCUAAAGGGGGCGGCACUUGUCAUCCAUGCCGAGAGUUUUGUAAGGGGAACAGCGCCAUUUGUCUGUCGCGGGAUGAACACAAAAAAGCCCUUGAAAAUCCCCGGCUGUUCCCUCUGGACCCCAGCAGUAUUCAGAACUGGGUGUCUGAGGGUCCCACUGAGGAUAAUGCCGUGUGUGUGAACUGCCAGAACAACAGUGUAGGGGACAAGUGUGAGAGCUGCCUGAGUGGCUACUUCCUCCUGCAGGGGAAGUGUGAAAAGUGUCAGUGUAACGGCCACGCAGACACGUGUAACGAACACGAUGGCACCGGCUGUCCCUGCCAAAACAACACAGAGACGUCCUCCUGCCUCAGCAGCCCCCAGAGCGACCGCAAAGACUGCUACAGGCAGCAGUGCGCCAAGUGCAAAGACUCCUUCAACGGCACGCCGGUGAACGGGCGCCAGUGCUACCGCCAGUUCAACGUGGACACCGAGUGCUGCUUCGACCCCACGUCCCAGACCAACUGCUUCCACGACCCCACCAUUCGCAACCUGCCCAAAGGACGCACGGUGUUCUUCGCGGCUCAGCCAAAGUUCACCAACGUGGACAUUCGGGUCACCAUCGACGUGACCUUCGGCGAGGUGGAGGUGUACGUGUCCAACUCUCACGACACCUUCAUCGUGGACGUGGACCGGUGGACAGGGAUUCACACCAUCAAGAUUGAGGAGGAGUCGGCGAGUCGGGGGACGGCUGCCGGGGCGGAUAAGGACUCUCCUCCGUCCCCCAUAAAGGUGUUUGCCAAUUCCUCGUCCAGCGUCGGAGGCCCUGUGCUCUCCCACAACCCCUUGCAGCUGCAAGCCAAAUCCCCCGGCGCAGAGAGGGAGAUCAGGGAGGAGCGCGCUGAGGGACUCAUCACCUACAUCACGGUGUGGAAGCCACAGACGGUGCUGAUAGUGCGCACCGUUCGAGACCGCGUGGUCAUCACGUUCCCCCACGAGGUGCACUCCCUGAAGUCCAGCCGCUUCUACAUCGCCCUGCGGGGGGUGGGGACCGACGACAAGCAGGGCGAGUCCCAGGGUCUGCUGUUUCUGCGACAGGACCAAGCCCACAUCGACCUGUUUGUCUUCUUCUCUGUUUUCUUCUCCUGCUUCUUCCUCUUCCUGUCCGUCUGCGUCCUCCUGUGGAAGGUCAAGCAGUUCCUUGACUUCCGGCGGGAGCAGCGCCGCCACAUCCAGGAGAUGACCAAAAUGGCUUCGAGGCCCUUUGCCAAACUCACCAUAUACCUCGAGCCAGAGGAGCCUCAGCUCAUCUACCUGCCGUCGACUGGCGGCGGAGUCGGGGGCAGCACUGUGUCGCUGGCUCACGCGCGCACCGGCAAGUUAGGCGGAGUGGUGGUCGGCCAGAGGGGCAGAGCGGGAGCCGUGUCCUACAAACACGACCCGGGCUCGGGACCCACGACCCACCACCACCACCACCUCACCCUGGGCGGAGGCGGGAACAGCGGCCAGCACCUGCCGCUGCACUACCUGAACACCCAUCACUACGCCAGCACCACAGCCGGCACCCCGGCCUCACACCACCACCACCCAUCCACCUACAGCGGCUACCAGCACUUCUGCCGCUCCGACCCGUUCCUCUCGCAGCUCAUGGGCUUCUCCUACUCCACCUUCAAGGUGGGGCCCAUCACCCUGGAGCCCACGGACGACGGCAUGGCCGGCGUGGCCACCGUCCUCUUCCAGCUGCCCGGGGGCGUGCUGGCUCCCAAUCGUGCCUGCCUGGGCUCCGCACUGGUCACUUUGCGCCAGAACCUGCAAGAAUACUGUGGCCACGGCAACGGAGGGGGGCAUCCCGGGGCGGGCGCAGGCCGCAAGGGGCUGCUGGGGCAUCAGCACCUGACCACUAUGGCCAUGUGAGAAAACGAAGAAAAGAUAUAAAGUAAAUAACACAGAGAUAAGAGAUUAAAUAAAUCUGUAAAUUGGUUUAUAGUAAAUUAAUUUUCUGAGAGAAACAUUAGCCGUGCGGUGAAAAAAAAGCUCAAAAGAGAACAGUUUUGUCAGAGUCACAUAACUUGAGCAUUUUGAACAGAGAUGUACAUACACUGUAUAAUGAAUUAAUGCGUCUUUUGUUGUAUUAUGUAUGGCUAUACUGUAUUUCAGUGCUUGACGUGACCAAGCCAGUUGUCUCUAGAUUGCACUACGACUGCUAUACGUAUCAACUAAACAAUGUCACAUCAUGUCGGUGAUCACUAAAGAGGUAUGAGCGCACUCGACACUCGGUCUGGGACUCGCUGAAGACUGGAGCCGAAGGGUUGGUGGUUAUAAAAUGACUCCGGAAAAAGGAGAAAUAAACACUACAUGUGCUUGCUUUGGAACCAACGUGCUUUAUACCCAAAAAAAGUGACAAUCAAAAUUGCCAUUGAGAACAAAAGACUUGAAUUGGUUCAGCAUAAUGUGCAACAUUUUGAUUGUCAGCCAGUGCAGGAAGAAGAAAAAAAACAAAAACCUCCGUCGAAGUUGCUUGUGAGAUAGUUUUUAUAUCAUUGUCGAUAUGAGUGAUUUUAUUCUAACUCAGUAAUAUAACGCAGGCUUUCAAGCUAAACGUGUUUCUGUUGGAGUAUGUUUCAUUCACUUUGUUGCAGCGUUCGACUUUCGACUCAUCUGCCUUCACUUCUUGCCUUGUCUGUGAGUCAAACGGCUUACACUAAAUACUUGUGAUUGAAAAGUGCGUGGUGCAGCUUCUGGAAGACAAAAAUAACAUGUUUUACAUUUCGUUUUUCAGACUGUUUUUUUUUUUCUUUUCUUUUAAUGGAGAUAAUGAAGGAUAAAGUUUUCCAAUGCUGGUCUUCAGGUCUUGACACUCGCUUUAAGAAGACAACACAACGUCCAUCCAGAUGAAGGAGGUCUUUCUUCGCUUCCCUUUACCUUUUUCUCACAUUAGGUGUAUAUUUGUGUUUGGUUAGUUUUGCUGGAUGACUUUUUUCAGCUGCGUGCCUGCUCUAAUGACUGAAUGCACCAAUCGUAAAUAUGAUUUGAAAGUAUGGCUAUAUGAUGGGGGGGGGGGGGAAACUUUAUGGAAAUGUUACUCUGUUGAAAUUAGAUAGUGGGGAAAUGUUACAUUUGAAAAUUCUCCUGGAGAGAGAUUCCGCAAAAGUUUGUCAGCAUUGUUCGACUGAAUUAUUUGUUUCACUGGCUUGUAUUCGUAUUUUUGUUUUAUCUUUUGCACUGCAUGGAGCCGAUGUGCCCCAUUAUUCAUGUGAAAUAUGAGAGGAGUUGUCAUGGAUGGACUCAGAGCGGUGCUACUGGCUUUUUAUCAGAUCAACAAAACCAGGAAGAGCGACGUUUUUCAUCAUCUGCAGCACAGUAAAGCAAACUCGAUGAAUACUGUCACUAUUUAUAGCAGCCCUCCACAAAUAAGCAUUAAUACAGCUUUAUUUGUCCUGUAUUUUAUGUAUUUUUUUUAACAUCCUUUAUUUUUGUACAUAACUUUUGUUGUGUUUUUUGUCUUUUGUUUUCAAAGAAGGGAACAGUGUUGUACAGAAGACGUGAAGAUCCUUUGUCUUGAGUCAGCUGAAAUAAAGUCUGUGGAACAU